AGCUGUUUCCAUCUUCCUUUUCCAAAUAUAUACACACACAUAAGUAUAAAAACACUUGCACCAAUUCUCAUUCCUGCUUUUCCAUCCCCAGAGUUUGUCUCAAACGCCUUGGCAUCCAGCCCAAAGAGAUGAUUAUAGAUACACGUUAUAACCUUCUUAAAUCUCUUUGAAACCCUCUUUCAUUUUCGUUUUUCUUCGAAGCUUUUGAGAAGAAAAGAGAGAGAUUAUUCGCAAUGGGGAGGGGUAGGGUUCAGCUGAAGAGAAUUGAAAACAAGAUCAACAGGCAAGUCACUUUCUCCAAGAGAAGGUCUGGGUUGUUGAAGAAAGCCCAUGAAAUCUCUGUUCUCUGCGACGCUGAGGUUGCUUUGAUCGUUUUCUCCACCAAAGGGAAGCUCGUUGAAUACUCGUCAGAUUCCUGUAUGGAAAGGAUCCUUGAGCGGUAUGAAAGAUAUUCUUAUGCAGAGAGGCAACUUGCUGCAAAAGAAAUUGAACAAAAUGGAAAUUGGACUUUGGAACAAGCAAAACUCAAAGCCAGGAUGGAGGUUUUAGAAAGAAACCAAAGGUAUUAUAUGGGGGAAGAUCUUGAGAAUUUGAGUCUUAGACAGCUUCAUAACUUGGAGCAAGAGCUUGAUUCUUCCCUCAAGCACGUACGUUCGAAAAGGAAUCAGCUCAUGCUUGAAUCAAUUUCUGAGCUUCAGAAAAAGAACAAAACAUUGCAAGAGCAGAAUAAUAUCCUAGCAAAGAAGAUAAGGGAGGAGGAGAAGGCCAUUGUCCAGCAGGCACAACAAAAUAACUCCCAAGAUUCUUCCUCCAUGCUUCUCCCACAACCGAUGCAGUCCGUGAACAUCAGAGGCACGUAUGAAGCGAGCAAUGGGAGAGAUGAGGAAGCUAAUCCUGGUGCAGCACAACAUCCCAACUCCAAUGUGCUAUUGCCGCCAUGGAUGAUCGCUCGUCUUGAAUGACGAAAACAAGUAAAAAAAAAUACUUUCUUUAGUAUGCAAACUUUACACGUUAAUAUAUUUUUAUAUGCAUGUAUGUAUAUUUUAUUAUAAAUGCACGCAUGGCACAAACUCAUGUGUGACCUGUAUCUGUGUAAUCCAGUUAUGUAAUUACAAAGAAGUGUUUUUGAAAAUUUAUUUUAUAGAUCC